UGUCCCCUUCUUCCUGACUUCUCACAGAGCAGGAGCGGCAGCAAGUAGGCAGCGCAAAGUUUAAACAAAGAACGUGUGAGGGUCUGAUGGAUCUUCAGUGUGGGGGGAAGUGAGUGGAUAUAAACCUCCCACUUGUGCCAAGUUUUUAUUAACUGUGGCUUUGCAGACUUCUUCAUGCACUGCGGAUAAUGGGAUUCUGAAGAUGAAGCAGAUAGCUCACCAGCCUCCCUGGAUUUUGCUGACGACACCGGAUUGCUUUGCCUGAAGAUGGAAACACUGGAGUCGGAACUGACCUGCCCUAUCUGUUUAGAGCUCUUCGAGGAUCCGCUGCUUCUGCCCUGCGCCCACAGCCUCUGCUUCAGCUGCGCCCACCGCAUCCUGGUCUCUCACUGUGCAUCCAACGAGAGCGUAGAAUCCAUCGCCGCCUUCCAGUGCCCGACGUGCCGCUAUGUUAUCGCCCUCAACCACCGUGGCUUAGAGGGGCUGAAGCGCAACGUCACCCUGCAGAACAUCAUCGACCGCUUCCAGAAGGCCUCGGUGAGCGGGCCCAACUCGCCGGGCGAGAGCCGCCGGGAACAGGCCCUUGACAGCAGCGCCAUGACGACAGCCGAGCGUGUCCCUUGCCAGUUCUGCGAGCAGGACCCGCCGCGGGCAGCGGUGAAGACCUGCGUGACCUGCGAGGUCUCCUACUGUGACGGCUGCCUGAAGGCCACCCACCCCAGCAAGAAGCCCUUCACUGGGCACCGCCUCAUCGAGCCCGUCCCCGACUCCCACCUCCGUGGCCUGAUGUGCCUGGAGCACGAGAGCGAGAAGGUCAACAUGUAUUGCGUGACGGAUGAGCAGCUGAUCUGCGCCCUGUGUAAACUGGUGGGGCGCCAUCGAGACCACCAAGUGGCAGCAUUGGCCGACAGGUUCGACAAGAUUAAGCAAAGUCUGGAGACCAACCUGGCCAGUCUAAUCAAGAGGAAUAAUGAGCUGGAAACACUAAUGGGUAGACUAAUCCAGACUUGUCAGCAUGUCGAGGUGAAUGCAACAAGGCAAGAAAGCAAACUUACAGAAGAAUGCGACCAACUGAUUGAAAUCAUUCAACAACGAAGACAAAUCAUUAGCACGCAAAUCAAGGAAGGAAAGGUUGUGCGGCUGCGGAAAUUGGCCCAGCAGAUCGCCAACUGCAAGCAGUCUAUUGAACGAUCUGGGUCCCUCAUCACUCAAGCAGAGCAGACGCUGAAAGAGAAUGAUCACGCUCGCUUCUUGCAGACAGCUAAAAAUAUCUCUGAAAGAGUUUCCAUGGCAACAGCAUCUUCUCAAGUGCUCAUUCCAGAAAUCAACCUUACCGAUACCUUUGACACAUUUGCAUUGGACUUCUCCCGGGAGAAGAAGAUGCUGGAAAACCUCGAUUACCUCACAGCGCCAAAUCCACCAGCAAUCCGAGAGGAGCUGUGCACCGCAUCGCAUGACACCAUCACAGUUCACUGGACUUCUGACGAUGAAUUCAGUGUGGUAUCCUAUGAAUUGCAGUACACCAUUUUCACUGGACUCGCCAACGUAGUUAGUUUGUGUAGCUCGGCAGACAGCUGGAUGAUUGUCCCGAACAUCAAGCAGAACCAUUACACGGUGCAUGGUCUACAGAGUGGCACCAAGUAUAUCUUCGUGGUCAAGGCCAUUAACCAAGCUGGCAGCCAAAACAGUGAACCCUCCAGGCUAAAGACAAACAGCCAGCCUUUCAAGCUGGAUCCCAAGUCUGCACACAGGAAGCUGAAGGUCUCUCAUGACAACCUCAGUGUGGAACGGGAUGAGACUGCCUCGAAGAAGAGCCACACCCCAGAACGUUUCACCAGCCAAGGGAGCUAUGGCAUAACUGGCAAUGUCUACAUAGACAGUGGCCGACAUUACUGGGAGAUCCUCAUUGGAGGAAGCACAUGGUAUGCAAUCGGGAUUGCCUACAAGUCAGCACCGAAGCACGAGUGGAUUGGGAAGAAUGCCUUCUCCUGGGUAUUCUGCCGAUGCAACAAUAGCUGGGUGGCAAGGCACAACAGCAAGGAAAUCCCGGUGGAGCCGUCCCCUCACCUCCGAAGGUUGGGCCUCCUGCUGGACUACGACAAUGGCUCGCUGUCCUUCUACGAUGCGGUUAAUGCUCAGCAGCUGUACACCUUUGACAUUGCCUUUGUUCAGCCUGUGUGCCCCACUUUCACUGUGUGGAAUAAAGCCCUCACAGUCUUAACUGGUCUCCCUAUACCGGACCACCUGGAUUGCACAGAACAGAUACCUUAAGAAGCAUGUGGGAGGGGGAAAUGAGGACCUCAGCUCCUGGCUUUACAGUGGGAGUGCUUUGCACAGCUGACUGGAACUGCCUUAUCCAAUCAGACUUCAUCUCACUGUCCAAUCUGAGCUGGAAUUAAAACAUAUUUUAUGGAUGCAGGGUUUCGACCCGAAACGUUGACAAUUCCUUUCCUUCCACAGAUGCUGCUCGACCCGCUGAGUUCCUCCAGCAGAUUGUCUGUUGCUCCAUAUUCCAGCAUCUGCAUUCUCUUGUGUCUCCAUAUUUUAUGGACCCCUCCCUCUCCACACCAGCCAAGUUUGUCGAUGUAUUUUCUUCUUUUUAUCAAAAGAAGUUCAUUAUUUCUACAUGGUUUCAGUCACCACUUAAGGUGAUGCAUGCCUUGAUCGAUAUCAGGCUGAUCUAAGCCAGAAGAUGAGAAGAGGAAGCUGUUCGGUUGCUGCUGUGCUCUGCUAAAGGGUCCCCUCAGCCAUUUUGGGCAGACGGAGUUCACUGUGCUCAUCGUAAAUGUGAAUAUUCGAUUAUGUUGUGGAAUGCACUAAGCUGUACUCACAAUUGUCCAUUGAGGAUUUUGGGAAAUUGGCUUUGAGGAUUAGAAUUUGAAGUUUGAUAGUUUGUCUCCUUUUUUUUCCCAAUGGCUCCAAUACAUUAGUAGGGUCCCAAUUGAUCUCAAAUUCCACAGGCUAGAUCCAAACUAAAUCCUGUUUUCCUGAACCAUUCCCAGCUUAACUCAGAUCAUCUUCUCCUGUGAUCUCUUCCAUUCAUAGACCCAUGUGGACUUCUUGCUGUUUAGUGCAUUUGUUUCGAUCUUGUUUUUAUUUAUUCUGUUCAUCUCCUUUUGGGGGGGUGGGGGGAAGACCACUAUAACCACUGCACAUGCACCUCGCCAUCUCUAGGUUUGUCAACUGUAAGUGCACACAAGUAAGUGAGAAAGUGGAUUGAAUUCAGUUUAAUUCGUGUACUUCUUGAAUCUUUACUUUUGGGAACGGUAUUGGCUGGGCUGUCCAAAUCUCACUGAUGAGACCAAUUGCCUAUACUAACUGAUAAUUCUGAAAUCACACUUCCUUCCCCACUGGUCGCCUGACAAGUCUUUGCAGCUGUGCCAACACUGAGACUUUAACAUAGCUUCCUUACUAAGUAAUAUGUCCUGGCAAAGGUUUUUCCUCCUUGUUAAGUCCUUUUAGCUUUUCUCGAUCUCCAUGCAGAGAUGAGACUUCACUCUUUACAGUUCCGUGCACAGCUAUCAGGUUGUAAAAUGGCUGGGGAAAGGGUUGAUAUCCAUUCAGAUCCCGGUCAUCCAUUGACAGUGGACGUUGACCCUGCCCCAUGAAAAUCUACCCCUUAGUCUAAUCCAGUUACCUACCUGUACUGGCCAUAUGCACAUUAAUGUUUGCUUUUACAUUACACUUUAGACCCAGAGGAAGAUAAACCUGUUAGUGUUCAUCAUCUGGCUCUAACUCUCUUCUGCAUUGUACUUACUCUUUCUUAUAUAGGGGAAUUUAUAAGUUAUUUAUAUAAAAUGAUUUUUUAACUAAAAUUGUUAGAAUCCUUUUGCUUUUGCACAUUCAAUGUUUACUAUUGUAUUUAUGCAUAGGUGGUUUGUUGGGAAGUUGAGAUAUAUGUGGAAAAAAAGAGAAAGUUAUGGUUUUCCCAACAGGACUAUUAAGAAAUCUUAUUGAUUAAGAAGCUAUUGUUGAGGACAGACUGUGCAGUGAAUUGUAUAGUUCAGUUGAUGUGUAAAUUAUCUACCCUAAAUAGAAAGUAAACUGCACUGAACUGAGUUUAAGGAGACAACAUCCCAUUUCUAUACAACUGCUCAUAGCGGAUGGACUUUGAUAGUGUAAUUGUGUAGAGGGAAGAAACUUAAAUGGUUAUUUCUUCUCAUGGACCAGAGUACUUAACUGGGUUGAAGCUGUCCUUCAAUAAGACAUUAGUAUUUCACCAGCCUUUCUCCAAUGGGCAAUGGGGGUUAGUCAAUCAGAUCCAAAUACCUCUAACUUUGCAAUAGUAUUUCUCCUAAAGUAUCAUUGGAAAGUAGCAGAUUGUGGCCUUCCUUUCUGACUGCAGUUUCUUGUUCCUUCUGACAGCUCCACCCAUUUUACCUUAUUGCCUUUGCACCAGGGUGCACUUACAUAGCCCCUUCAAUGUGGUAAACCGUCCAUAGGUAUGCAUUAGAUAAAAAACAAACCAGAAGUGGAAAUGUGGGUAGGUGUGAAUGGAAGCUUUAUCGCAGACAUGAUCCUUGGAAGUUGAGUGAGGAACACGAUCAAUCUCAAAUUCAGUAGGCCUCAAUCUAGAUGAGGACUGGUGGAACAGGUAAUCACAGGGAUGGUAAAAUAGCUGUAUUGUGACGCAGAAGGCUAACUACAUGAGAAAGGGACAAGAAUAAAAAGAAAUCUACUUCCUGAGUCCGUAAGUCAGCUCAUUGCUAUUGCAGGCACACUUAGUCAUUUUGGGACCUCAGAAAAGGUAAAAGACAGAUUAAACAAACAUGAUCUGUAUUCCCUAGGAAUAUAGAGUGCUAUGGAUGCUCAUAUGGUGACUUUUAAGAUAACAGGAUUUGAUCUGUUCAGGGUAGAUAUGGGUAACCAGUUCAGGGUAGAUAUUGGAAGAUCUAUUUCUUUUGGUCAGGAUGCCUAGACAAGCAAACACAAUCUGAAAUUUUGACCUGGGACUGUUUAAGGGUGAAAUAAGAAGGUACUUCUUUCACACAAAAAGCAGCGGAAACCCAGAAUUCUCUCAUUCAUGGGCUAAAGGGAUGCGAAUGUUGGGGUCAGUUGAAAUUUCCAAGACUGAAAUCAAUAGAUUUUUGUCAGACAGUUAAAUGGAGUUACAGUAUGGAUUUACCAUAAUCUAACCAAAUGGGGGAACAGGCCCAAGGGUCUAAUUGGUUCUCUCCAGUUCUCAUGUACAUUAAAUACAUUAUUACAAUGUCUUCGAAAAUUGUAACUGGAUAUGGUGUGUAAACCGUUCAGCUAGAAAUUAAGAAGGGGUAUUGUCUCUUUAGAUUUUCAAUCAGCUUAAAUCAGCCCAAUGUUCACCUGUAACCCUACUGCUAGUUUCAUGUGCAGAUAAUUUUUCAUUUCAUUUAGGAAUUUGUUUUAAAUGAGCCGGUUAAUAAAUGGAGUAAGAAUGUGCAUGAAAAUGCAAUAAUCCUCACUGGAGAAUUAAGCACAUUUUUGUGCCUUAUGAUCUCUCUGUUUCAAAAACAGCAACAAGAGCCUGGUGACUAUGACUUUAGUAAAACUAAGCCUGUCCGUUACGGACCAUGGAUAUUGAUUCCAGCACGCAGGUACUUAAUUCGAAAUGGAACUCCAGAAUGGUGGUGUCAGGGACUGAGAUGCCACACAAGGAAUUCUGAUCAGAGGAAUGUUUUGUUGUCGUCAAUACACAGAGAACAGUUUUUAUUAAAAGCUGUACAUCCACCAUUGAAUGCUGACAACAUUUCGAAGAUGGUAGUUCUUUAUUAAUGAUUUUUGGACUGAGGAAGACUGCCAAGUGACUUGGACACUAGAAAAGGCUGUUUGGAGUCCAAGAACUCUUUACAAACUGGUGUCAAAAGGUCAAGGCAAAUGACUUCAAAUAUCCAGUUACAAAUCCUGCAUGUCAUUGAACACCUGAGAAUGAACUGUAGCAUUCUGAUAUGCCAUGGGAACAGGUAAUGUGAUCUGUUAAAGGACAGUGCCACAGAGACUACUGUUGAACUGUGUCAGUAACUCUGCUUAAAGACUUAUUAUCCUUCACUAUCACAUAUUACCUCUGGAAAGUAAACUGGAGAGUGACUUUGCGCAAGAGUUGGACUCUGAAGUCAGCCAUUCAGUUUGAGCCAGUCCAUCCCUUUCUAAGAAUUGCUUUUAUGAAUAUAGUCAGUCAUUCAGUCGACAUUCAACAGUUCAACUGUUAAAGCUGCUCCUCACCUUGUUAUCGGCAUGGAAGCAAUGCGCAGUGAUGGAUGGACAUUUCUAUGUACUGUAUUAAUGUUGACAGACACCACCACAUAUCACCACCCCUCUCCAACCCUGGCUAUUGACUUUGUUUUUGUUCUUUUAUGAUUUUAAUGAAGCAGCCUGUUUUUUUUAAAAUAUUUUGCAGUACUGAAUUCAAUGCCUGA